UACAAGAGCGUGCAGAUCAGGACACACACUUGGUCACGUGACUACCAAAGGUAUAUAAACUCGACACCAGUUCGACGUGGUCAUGUCAUCUUGCUGCGGAUAAUUUUGUGUGUUUUGGAAUAUUUAGGACAUUUUUCAAAAUGAAGACUAGCUAUUUCUUGGUGGUUCUGGUCGCCCUGACCUUGGUUCCCGAAGACGUGGACGGCUGGUUCUUCCGGUCCGUGCGAAGAAUUCGCAUCAGCCCGUACCACACGCUCGGCUGUAUGGCGGCCUGUAAGUGGGCGAGGAGCUGGGCGUGUAAGGUCUGUAAGAGGAAGAGGGGGCUCGACCAACAUACCGCUGAUGAACUGGAUGACGAGGCCUUGGACGUUCCUAAAGUUCUGCAAACCCUUGACGUGAACGGAGAUGGUUUCGUCGAGCUGAGCGAAAUCGCUCAGGUGACCGGUCUGAAAGUGGGCAACCCAGUUUUCGUGAAGAGAUUCCACAAGGCUGAUCUCAACGGUGAUGGCAAACUGGAUAUUCACGAGUUGGAAGCUUUCAAUUUCGAGAACAAAAAGGAAUUUUUGGAAGCCAUUAAGGAUGACGAUGCUGAUGACUCUGAUGACGUCACAUUUUAGUCGGGUCUUGCGCGGUUUUCGAACACUGUUCAUCCGAUGUAAAUGGGUUAUGGAUUUUUAAAAUAAAAACAUGAACUACA